AUGAAUUCUUCAAAAAAUAUGGAGGCUUCCAAUAAUGAUAUGACUUGUUUACCAACAUCAUCCUCAACAAACAUGCCAAACUCGCGUGUUUGUUCAGUCUGUUCUGGGCCUAGCAACGGUUUUUAUUUCGGUGUACUUUCAUGCCGCGCAUGUGCAUCCUUCUACCGACGCUCAUUCUUUGAGAAACGAAGAUUUUUGUGCCGGAGAUUUAAUAAUUGCGAUAUUAAUGCUGGCAGUAAAUCAGCAUUACCUAAUAAAAAUUUGGAUGUCGAAACACCGUCAACGCCUAGUAGCGUGUUAAAUAUUGAUAGCCUAUCUAAAAUUUAUGUCAACCUAUCUUUUGAUAAAUCGCUUCCAACUAUAACACACUUUUUAAAGUCGUUGCAUGAUAUGGAAGUUGGAUAUAAGGCUUUAUCUAGUGUUUUGGGGAAAUGGGAUCCUAAGCUUGUCGAGACGCAUUCACAUGUAUAUCAUAUCAAGAUGCAAGAAUAUAUGAAAAUACGUAGGGGAGAAGCAAUGCUUGUAUUGUCCUUAAUCCGUGAACAUUUUCCCGAAUUUGAUAAAUUAUCUGGUCAAACACAAAUUAUGAUUUUAAAAAAUUUUGCGUUUCGAGUCCUUUUUAUGCAACGGGCUGAAAUGACCAUAAAAACAUUUCCCGACCAAACUAAGGAAUGUAAGCAAAUGAUAAUUCAUCCAGGUUGUGUUGUUGAUGGACGUCGGAUGGAACUAUUUGUUGGGGAAGAAACAAUUCAGUGUUUUGAUGACCAGAAACGACAUUUCUACUCUAUAUUUGAAAAGCAUGCAAAAAUGACCAUGGAGCAGUACCGCCCUUUGGAAAUUUCACCUCCUGAAUUUGCUGCAAUGAUAGGAAUACAAUUAUGGAAUUGUGUGGAAAGAUAUGCACCCCAGAUAGAUUUAAUAUCUGAAAAACGCAACCAACUUUAUUCUGAACUUUUAUCUGUUCUGGCACAGAGGUUGGGUUCUGAUUCUGCUGCUAUCGGCGUUCGCUAUGGCCGAAUAAUGGGUCUUAUACAAAAUAUUACUAUUCAUUUACACGAUUUGGAGGAAAUAAAUACUUUAUUAAAAAUUUUUAUGCCAAUGCCCUUUUCUGACAUCUGGGAUGAAUUGAAGAACGAUAAGCAUUAUAAUGAUAAAGAAAUAUUAUCAAUAGAAGUUGAAAAAGAUAAUGGAUUUUAUCCAAAUUUUUAA